GGCACACACAUGAGGAGAUAACGAUAUAAACGGCAGCGGAAGAGGCUCUGAAAAACAGUCGAGACUGGAGCGUCGCUGAGUUUACACGAUUCGAGAGCUGAGCAAGUCCACGGAAGACAAUAUCCCGGAGUUAUCAUGUUGAAGGCGAUUAUCGUUUUUGCCACUAUCUUGUUGGCCGUGGCCUUGGCUAUGCAGCCAUUGGAGGACAAUGAGAGGAACCACCAUCUGAACCACAAGCGCCAGUUGUCGCACCACCACCAGAAGUCACAGGAGGUGAGGCAUUCGGCCCACGAUAAUCUGAGUCCUGGCAAGGAGCUGCACCAGAGCGGCUCCCAUGUAAAGGAGCACGCUGGCCAUGGACAAUCCCACCACCACUCUCAGAGGAAGGCAAGACAGAGCCACAAGGAGCCGGGCCACAAGAAGAGCCACCACCAGAAAUCCCAAUCCCACUCGAAGGGCAGCAAGAAGCAUCACAAGCGGCACACAGGAUCGCGUCGCCACUAGGAUGUGGACCAAGGAUGUGGCCAAUAUAUAUUCUAUUUAAACUCUAGCUUAUGUGUAUUAUGCUCUGUCCGCACGAAGGAUUCCCGAUGCCAAAAUGGACGCGGAGCUUGAAGGAAGAGUUCACACGAAUUCCGAAUACAGUAACCAUUCGUAUUUUUGCAUGUUUAGAGACAGUAAACCCAAUCUAUUUAAAUGUAUACAAAUGUAUUGUGACAUAUGAGCCAUGACCAAAUAAACUCACAUUUUAUAAAUGA